CUCGCUUCUUAGGAGUUUGGGUACAGCCGACCGUAGCUUGAGUCUAUUUAAGAAGCCGCCCUUCUUCAUUUUUUGUCUACAUGAAUUGUAGCGAUUCUUAUUCGCCAUAAAUUACCUACGCUUGCAUCCAUCUUGAGAAAGUAAACAAACAUUUUCAUUGAGCUCCAUCACAUUAUUUUAGUGUCUUGGAUUUUUAUUUUUCAUUUCAUUUCAUUUUAUUUUAUUCUGUUUUUUUUUUUUCUUCAUUUAUCUAACUUGUUGCUUUCCUGUUUAUAAACAUGACCAACCAGCUUCUUUUCAAAGUCGUCGCCUUAUAUCCUUUCCGUGGAAGCUUUACUGAUGACUUGGAAUUCGACCCAGGUCAAGAAAUCGAUGUCUUUACUGAAUAUGAAGACGGCUGGCUAUUUGGAAGUUAUGUGGAUGCCGAAGGAGUUCCAAGACAAGGCAAUUUUCCCAGUACCUUUACUAAGUCCAAGUAAUUAGUCAGGAAACGUAACGACAAACUCGCUUGUACUCUGGCUAUACUGGUUUAUAAUUUUAAUUUUUUAAUUUUUAAUUUUUAAUUUUUAAUUUUUAAUUUUUAAUUUUUA